UUUAUUCCCAGUUGAUGGCCAGAAUAAGGGUUAAGAGCUUUUUGUCGAAAGGUUACCACAUGGUUUUAGACUCUCCUCGUAAGUCUGGCAACUCCCUCCCAAUCAGCUGUUCGCUAGAAAGAAUCACAAUGGCGGCAACUAAGGUUCUACGCUCCCUUCUGCACGAGCUGCGUCAAGCCUCGCCUAACGGCUGCAUCAAGGAUUCCCUGGCUGCCCGGUACAUUCUCGCCCAGUACAAGAAAUUUGAGACUACGGAUCAGCAACUGUGCAAACGCCGGGACGAGGCACUCUUCUUGGGUCAGGCCUACCUAACCUACCUGAGCAGUCAACGAAAGUACACGGAGCUGUACAAGGAGUACCAUGGGAGGGGCGAGCGAUCCGUGAGGGAUACUGCGGACCUGGUGGGAUUCAAGCUGCCCACCGAUCCUAAGUGAAGUUCUAGUUAGGUUGUUUCUAUGUAGCUUCUAGUGUGAUUAAAGCGGCUAAUGUUGUCCAAA